GCGUGGCGGAAGUGCGGCCGGACGGUGGCCGGGACGGGGGUGUCGGUCUGUCGGUCCGUCUGCCGCACAGGGGGGUCGCCCCCGCCACAUGCGCGCCCCCCGGGAUGAGCUCCAAGGCCAAGCGGGUGCUGCCCACCCGCCCUGAGCCCCCCAGCGUGGAGCAGAUCCUGGCCGACGUGCGGGGCGCGCUCCCCACCGACCCCGUCUUCGUCCUCCCCGCCGAGCCCCCGCAGGACCACGGCCCCGCUCCAGGCUGCCCCGAGCCCGCGGCCGAGGAGCUGUACCGGCAGAUCCGCUCCUACGUGGGGAUGAACCAGCGGCUGCAGCAGUCCCGGGAGCGGCUGCGGGAGCGGCGCCGGGAGCUGCGGAGGGUCGGGGAGGAGCUGGAGCGUGGAAUCGCGGAGAUGAGGCAAAAGGCGUUCUGAGGAAUCGCGGUGGGCACCCCACGCCGUGGUUUCACCUUCACCAAAGCGUCUGCAUCGGGAGGAUCCGGGUGUGCCAGGACUGUGGCACCCCACCCUUUACCCAGGGAGCGCUGGGAUCUGCCAGGACAGCCCGGGGGCACCUUCCUGGUGCUGGAAUCGAGGCUUGCACCCCUCCUUCUGCCCCUGAGGCGGCUGCCAUGUCCUCCGUGGGUGACACGUCCUCUGCUCCCUACGACUUUUCCCUCUGGUACUGCCCCGAGGAUGACCACGUCGCUUCCCGCAUCGCGGAGCGCCUGAGGGAGGAGGGAUUUCGGGGCUUUACCGAGCACCAGGACCGAGUGGCCGGGACAUCCGUCAUCCUGACGGCCAUGGAGGCCAUCGAGGCCAGCCGAGUGGCCAUCCUGCUCCUCUCGCCCAAGUCCGUGGGCGACCCGUGGUGCCAGCGCGUGUCCCAGUGGAGCCUGUUCCGCAAUAUCCACCGGCGCGACCCCAAGGUGCUCCCCGUGCGCGUGGGGGUGACCAAAGACGAGAUGCCCUCGUUCCUGCAGCACCUGGUCGCGCUGGAAUAUCAGAAUGAAUUAUUCUUCCAGCGGCUCCUGGCCAACCUGAGGUCCCGCCCGGGCCGCGGGGCCAGGCGGGUCCCGCCCAAGGGGACACACUGAGGGACCACCAGAGGGGCUGGGUGGGUGGCCAGCACGGCCCCAGGGUGUAAAAAACUGCUAAUAAAGGUGGUGGGAAUGUGUCACACA